GACAUGGAGACGAUAUGGCUUUAUCAGUUUCGCCUGAUCGUCAUUGGAGACUCUACAGUCGGUAAGUCGUGUCUGAUCCGGAGGUUCACUGAGGGCCGCUUCGCCCAGGUGUCAGACCCCACCGUGGGCGUGGACUUCUUCUCCCGUCUGGUGGAAAUUGAGCCGGGCAAAAGGAUCAAACUUCAAAUCUGGGACACUGCAGGACAGGAGAGGUUCAGGUCUAUCACCAGAGCCUAUUACCGCAAUUCAGUGGGUGGGCUCUUGCUCUUCGACAUCACAAACCGCAGAUCCUUCCAGAACGUCCACAACUGGCUGGAGGAGGCCCAGAGCCACGUCCAGCCGCACAGCAUUGUCUUCUUGCUGGUGGGUCACAAGUGUGACCUGGAGGCCCAGCGUCAGGUGACCCAGCAGGAGGCAGAGAAGCUGGCAGGAGCCUACGGGAUGCGCUACGUGGAGACAUCAGCACGAGACGCCAUCAACGUAGAGAAGGCCUUUGUGGAUUUGACGAGGGACAUCUUUGACCUAGUGCGGAGCGGGGACAUCAAGAUCCAGGAUGGCUGGGAGGGCGUGAAAAGUGGAUUUGUCCCCAACACCGUCCAUUCCUCCGAGGAGGUCACCAAGGGCAGCCGACAGUGCUACUGCUGA